AGGUGAGCGGCGAGCAGCCAGCCAGCGGCAUCGUCCGAGCCAGAGCUGAGCCGCCCAGCAGCCGCAGCAGCAGCACUCUUGGGCAGCAGGAGGGCGCGCACCUGUCACCUGCUGCAGUCAGCCAGUCCUUUGCUUGAAGAGGCCGGCAUGGCCGAGGCCAGGGAGCCGCUGGAGCCAGCUGUGGCGCCGGGUGCCGAAGACGUGCCGGGGAAAGGCGAGCAGGAGAGCGGAGAGGCGGUGAACCAGGGGCCCGAGGAGGAAGCCACCGAGGAGGAGCCCCUGACCGCCAGCCCAGCACCCGAAGAGGGCACUCCAGAAAACGGCCAAGUGGCGACCGCCGAAGCGACCGCCGGCAGCCCCCAGGGCCCCCUAGACGGAGAAGAGCCUCCUCUAGGCACGGAGAGCGGCACGGAGCAGCAGCCCCCCGCCCCGGCCCCGGAGCAGGACGCAGCACUGCGCUCAACGCCUGAAGGGGACGCGGGGAGCCCUGAGGCGACGGCAACCGGCGUAGACGAGCAAAGCGGGGCUAGCGAGGGUGAAGAGGAGGGCCGGGGCAGUCCCGCGACAGCGCGCGCGGAGCGGGACGAACCCGGGACAGCGGCGGGUCAGCAGCGCCUGGAAGCAGGCAGCCAGGGGGGCUCGGAGGAAGAGGUCGAGGGCAGCGGGGCCCCCGAGGAGCCCCCGGCCGACAAGGCAGAGGCGGGCGACGGCGGGACGCCUCCUGAAGCAGCGGAGACGCGCGAGGGGGCUGGCGCCCAGCAAGAGCCGGCUCCGGAGGCGGCUGCGGCGGCUGCGGCGGGCCAGAGAGAAGAGCCAGGCGAGGACGACGCUGCCGCGCAGGACGAGCAAGGGGAGCCCGCCGAGGUUGCCCCGUUAGAGGAGCCGCCGAGGGCAGGGAGUCCGGCAAGGGAGGAGGAGGAGGCCAGCGCUGCAGCCGUGCCAGAUGCGCGGGACGAGGGCCAAGCGGCGGAAGAGGCCAACGCAGCGGAGCCCGAGCUCAACGGGGAGCCCGCCAGCCCCGGGACGGCGGAGCCUCUGGCCGCGGAGGAGAGCAGUCAGCCCCUGGAGGAAGCGGCUGCAGGGGAAGGCGAGCGGGCUGCGGGGGUCAAUGGCCUACAGGGAGGGGAAGGGGAAGAAGCGGCCCCGGGGGGUCUCCUCUCGCUUGCGGCCCCAGGCGGAGAGAAGCAAGAGCACGACAUCUCCCUGUUCGUCAAGGCUGGGAGCGAUGGAGAAAGUAUAGGAAACUGUCCAUUUUCUCAGCGCCUCUUUAUGAUUCUGUGGCUGAAGGGUGUUAUAUUUAAUGUUACAACUGUGGACUUGAAACGGAAACCAGCUGACCUUCAGAACUUAGCACCAGGAACAAAUCCUCCUUUUAUGACUUUUGAUGGUGAAGUGAAAACAGAUGUGAAUAAAAUUGAGGAAUUCUUAGAAGAUAAACUAGCACCACCAAGAUAUCCCAAACUUUCCCCAAAGCAUGUGGAAUCAUAUUCUGCAGGAAAUGACGUAUUUGCUAAAUUUUCUGCAUUCAUAAAAAACACAAGAAAAGAUGCCAAUGAAAGUUUGGAAAAAUCUUUGCUUAAGGCCUUAAGAAAACUGAAUGACUACUUAAACGACCCCUUGCCUCAAGAAAUUGAUGCCAAUAGCACUGAAGAACUCACUGUUUCCAGAAGGAAAUUCCUGGAUUGUGAUGAACUCACAUUAGCAGAUUGUAAUCUCUUGCCAAAACUUCACAUUAUUAAGGUUGUUGCAAAGAAAUACAGAAAUUUCGAGUUUCCAUCUGAAAUGACUGGAAUCUGGAGAUAUUUGAACAACGCAUAUGCCAGAGAUGAAUUUACAAAUACGUGCCCAGCAGACCGGGAAAUAGAGUUUGCUUAUCUGGAUGUUGCAAAAAGGAUGAAAUAAUAAACAGAUAUUUUAUUUCUGUAUUUCUUAAAUAAGUUUGAUAAAAAAGGAAAUAGCAAAGUCAACAGGCCACAUGACUUUAAGUUAUGAACCUAUCCAGCUAUCCCAGGUUAAUUAUUUUAUUAUUUUAUUGACCUGCGCAAUCAAGAAUAGUAUCUUUGUAUAUAAAUCAACUUACAGAUAUGCAAAUGGCACAUAAAUGUUUUGUACUGUAUUUAGGUACCGGGUCAAAACUGAAAUUUGAAAAAAAGCAAUAAUAAAAUCCAGAUUAAAUACAAAUUGCAAUAUUUGCGAAGAUUCAGAACAUCCCAGAUGCAGCAGAGGAGUCAGCAGCUCCCAUAAACUGGCUUCUGUUUAGGAAUUUUCAGUGUGUUGCCACAAUCAGAACAAUCAUAUGUGGUUGUGUGUUCAGCCAUUCAACAGCCAUAGUGCAUUUGCAAGAGCCUGGUUGCAGAAGAGCCACUUUUCACUUGUAGAUUGCUCCCACUGUACAGAGAGAGUUUGGUAAGUCCAUCUCUUACUAAAAGGCAGAAUGCCUACAUGCUUUAAUGGGUGGGCUACAUUAACUUUUUAAAAAUCUCAAUCCUAUUUCAUGCAGUUAAAAAGUUGUUUGCCAUGUUUGACCUCAUACACUCUCUUGAACCUCAGACAACUUGGUUCUUGAGCAUGUGUUUGCCAACAGGCAUCUCCACUUUAAAUGUGGUAGUUGACAUGUUGCAAACACCUGUUUCAAUAUUGUGAGAAGUGGCUUACAGUCCUAAAAUUUUCCAUAUCAGCUCAUAAGAUAGGGACUACCAACAACAUAUUUGAAAGCAUAGUACUUUGUGCAGUGUUCUGUGAACAGAGUUGUUGGAAUUCAAAGCUACCUACAAGCCAGCGGCUAUGUCCUGAACACUCCUAUUGCUAAUUCAGAUGUUGCUGACCUGUGGUAAUGGUUAAUCAGUGGUGAGAAAAGUCCAGCCUAUGGAAUUUUUCCUCAAAGUAAGCCUUCUUGAUAUUCUUAUACAAAGAAAUCUAUCAGGUUAAAUUGGAUGUUAAAUACCUGCUACUCAAAGUUACAUUAAAAUUUUUGCUUUACCUCAGAGGCCGUUUCCGCGGCAGCGGAAACGGCUGGGUCGGCGCUUCUCGCGCCGACCCGAAGACGCUGGGACCGUCCGCACGGAUGGUC